ACAUAAGAGCAGCAGGCACCGUGGAAGCAACGCACUCUCUCUCGGUCACGCUUCUUUUCAUCUUCUUUUCUUUUCUUUUCUUUUCUUUUCUUUUCUCUGACACUAAGAACGAAAGAAAAUAAUUUAGUAUAGUAUAUUAGUUUUCAAUCAAAGCAUGAAGAAACUUUCCCUUUCCAUCAAACCCCUCUUCUUUUAAUACUUCAUGAUCCCCGUAUUCCCUUUCAUUUGUUUUCCCUCUCCAUCAAGGUUGUAUUUGCAGAAAAAAGCAGAUCGAUACUGAGAAUGUUUUAUAUGUCUGUUGAUAUGGCUUGAAAGAAGAAGAACAAGCGGCUUCCAGUGUCUAAGUUUUAACCUUCUCUGAAUGGCUUCUUCACCUUUGUGUUUAAAGUUUAAUUGAUAUAUAAAUGAAUAGAAUAAUGGUGUCAUCUGAAUACCUUUUUCCGGAAAUGCAGGAAGUGCUCAAAUAUUUAACUUUAUGGUAGUGUAGUUUAUACAUAAUUUUUGCUUUUAAGGAACUUAGUUGUUGAGUUUAUGUUUGAGAAAUUUUGGAGUUUUGUUAUUAACUCAGUGAAUCCAUUACCUUGCUGGGUUGCUAGUGCCUAGUAGUUAACCUUUAGAAAUGUUGGCAAGUAGUCUUCCUUGAAAUGUUCAAUGGAAACCCUUGGGAAGAAGAGGAAGGGCUUGGAAAUGUUGCCAUCAUGUCGUAGCUCCUUUUCUCCUAUAACGGUUGUUUGGCCUCACUUGUCACUGGAAGAUUACUCGAGGCAGAAAAGGAAGUGUAAGGAACAUGAAGUGCUUAAAGUAGCUGUUGCCUCUGUUACGAGAGUAGUCAAAGGGAUUGCCAUUGCCCCACCUUGUGGGAGUGCAUCUUUGGAACCACCCAAUAGGGGCCUUAAGAGGAAAAUUGGGUGUAUUGAGGCAGCAACUCAAUUUGGUCGGAAAAAGAAGAUUGAGCAAGAUUAUGAUUUGGGUGCAACAAUUGGGAGUGGAAAAUUUGGAUCGGUUGUAUUGUGUCGAAGUAAGGUGAAUGGCGAAGAGUUUGCAUGCAAAACGUUACGCAAAGGUGAAGAUCUUGUGCAUCAGGAAGUGGAGAUAAUGCAACACCUCUCUGGUCAUCCUGGUAUUGUGACAUUGAAGGCAGUGUAUGAGGAUCUGAAAUCUUUCUUUCUUGUGAUGGAGCUUUGCUCCGGGGGACGGCUGCUCGAUCAGAUGGCUAAAGAGAGGCGUUAUUCAGAGUACCAUGCCGCUAAUAUACUCAAGGAACUGGUUCUAGUUAUCAAAUAUUGCCAUGAUAUGCGUGUCGUUCAUCGGGAUAUAAAGCCUGAGAAUAUCCUUCUCACAGCUACUGGACAGAUGAAGCUCGCAGAUUUUGGAUUAGCUGUGAGGAUGUCAAAUGGUCAGAGCUUGACAGGUGUGGUAGGCAGUCCUGCUUAUGUUGCCCCAGAAGUUCUAACAGGCCAUUAUUCGGAAAAAGUUGACAUCUGGAGUGCUGGUGUCCUCCUUCAUGCCCUCUUGGUUAGUGUGCUUCCAUUCCAUGGUGACUCUUUGGAUUCAGUAUUCGAGGCUAUUAAGAAUGCUGACCUUGAUUUUGAGAAUGGUGCGUGGAGGUCCAUAUCUCAACCUGCACGAGAUCUGGUUGCACGUAUGCUGACAAGAGAUGUUUCAGUGAGGUUAACUGCUGAUGAAGUAUUAGGGCAUCCAUGGAUAUUGUUCCAUACUGAAGCAACAUUGGGAAUGGCUGCUCUUGAGACAAAAAUGGGAAACCAUGAAAAACCGGCUUCCCCACAACUGACCGUCUCACCUGGGGUUGUGUCGGAGAGAAGCAAGAUGAUACCCAAUGGCUUUCUCAAUGAUGAUUCUUUCCUGUUUUUAUCAUCUAAUAGUUCAUCUACAAGGUCAGAAGUGCAAGACAGCGCAUUGGUUGAUGCUCUCACUGUUGCGAUUUCUCGCGUGGCGAUAUCUGAACCAAAAAGAACCAGGCUAUGCGGCCCUACUGGUUCUAUUCAACAAGAGUGUUCUUCUAACAUUAAGGUCAACAACAACAACAACAACAACCUCUGUACAGCAUUUUGAGUCCACUGCAUUAAAAGUGGUUAUAACCGUGGAGGAUAGCUCACCAUGACUGAAGCUUUCAACUGGAUGGCAAAUACUAUAUGAUAGUUAUAAAUAAGCUGACUCUUCUAAUUGUUAUGAUCCAUGACCUAGUUCCUGCUACUGUUUUUUAAGAGAAGCGUAUUUGUUUUGAGACUUUAUGCGAUUGACUUGUAUGUAAUCUGGGUUGUAUGUAUUAUUACUUAACUUACUGGGAAGUGUUGGAUCUGCAGAUUUGAUAUGUAAAUAGAAACUGCAUUUUAUGGACA